AGCUUGAAGAUGGCAUCAUGCCUUUAUGAAUGCCUUUGUGAGGCAGAACUUGAAAAAUACUAUCCCCAUUUUGCUGCCUUCGGUCUUCAGAAGAUUGAUGAGCUUGCCAAAGUUACCAUGAAAGAUUAUACCAAACUGGGGGUCCACGACAUGAAUGAUCGCAAACGACUCUUUCAGCUCAUUAGAAUAAUCAAAAUUAUGCAAGAGGAAGACAUUUCAGACUUAAGCAAGCAAGAUUUUCAACCAAGUGGCCUUUUCAUUCAGCCUCAGGUGACCAGAUCAGGUCCCCGUAGACAGUUGCAUUUUGAGUCCUUCUUUGAAGAAAAUGAUGGAACAGUUAAAGACUCCGAAUCUGAAUCAUACGGUUUAUCUGAUUUUGGUGCUAAUGAAGAGAACAGUGUAGGGGAAAUGUUGGGACACAUUCAACCACAUGAUUCAGAGCUCAUCAGAUUAACUAGAAGAGAUCUAAAUACUCCUGGAAUAUGCGCAAAAAAGGAUCUGAGCUGUCCAACAGUUUCUGAUGAUAUUGCUUCACUCCUGGGGGAUUCUGAAGCUCCUAUUGUUCAAAGAAUAACUCAUAUUUCAGGGUAUAAUUAUGGGCUACCUCAUUCAUGUAUCAGAUCCAGUGCUUCUGAGAAAGAGACACCAUGGACAGAGAGCGAAAAAAUCAGAGUGUGUGUCCGAAAACGUCCUCUGGGCCUGAGAGAGGAGCGACGUGGAGAGGUUAAUAUCAUCACAGUGAAAGACAAGGAAACCUUACUUCUACAUGAAAAGAAGGAGGCAGUCGAUCUCACCCAAUAUAUUUUACAGCAUGUUUUUUAUUUUGAUGAAGUCUUUGGGGAGUCAUGUACCAAUCAGGACGUGUAUAUGAAGACAGCUCAUCCUCUCAUUCAGCACAUUUUCAAUGGAGGCAAUGCAACCUGCUUUGCAUACGGACAGACUGGUGCUGGCAAGACUUACACUAUGAUAGGUACUCAGCGCAACCCAGGACUCUACGCCUUGGCUGCCAAGGACAUCUUUAGACAGUUGGAAGCAUCACAGCCAAGGAAAGAUCUCCUUGUUUUGAUCAGUUUUUAUGAGAUCUACUGUGGACAGCUUUAUGACCUGCUAAAUGGAAGGAAGAGACUUUUUGCAAGAGAAGAUAGCAAGCAUGUUGUUCAAAUAGUUGGACUGCGGGAGGUUCAGGUGGACUCUGUAGAUCUACUGCUGGAGGUGAUUUUGAAGGGGGGGAAAGAACGUAGCACGGGUGCUACUGGAGUCAACUCAGAUUCCUCUCGAUCUCAUGCUAUCAUCCAAAUCCAAAUUAAAGACACAGCCAACAGGACAUUUGGAAGGAUAUCAUUCAUUGACUUGGCUGGCAGUGAAAGGGCAGCUGAUGCCAGAGACUCAGAUCGACAAACUAAAAUGGAAGGAGCAGAAAUAAACCAAAGUCUUUUAGCACUAAAGGAAUGCAUUCGGGCACUGGAUCAGGAACAUGCACACACUCCUUUCCGGCAAAGCAAAUUAACUCAGGUGCUAAAGGAUUCUUUCAUCGGCAAUUCCAAGACAUGUAUGAUAGCCAAUGUGUCACCUAGCCACAUAGCUACAGAGCACACCCUGAACACUUUACGAUAUGCCGACAGGGUCAAAGAGCUGAAGAAAGGGAUUAAAUGUUCUACCCCCAUCACAAACAAGCGUCGGACAGCUGGAAAUGUAUCUCCAAAACGUGUCCAAAACAAUCCCUCUUUGCCACCUGGGGAAAAGAGCUCUCCAAAGAAAGUGAAGCUAGGGCUCCAGCAUCCCUCAAAUGCCACAAAAACAAAGGCAUGUCCUGCAGCACUCCAGCCAUCAAGUGUCCCUUUUACCUCUACCCCCAGGGCCAUCAACAAAGGACAUGCCCACAAAGGAAAUCCCAGCUCACCAUGGUUCCACCACCCUAGCCCAGUUAAGGGUGUCCUACGGAUAGCACAUCCCCUGAAGAAGAAAACUGAUGAUCUGCCUCCCCACUCUGAAAAGAACUCCACUGCAAAGGAUUUCAUCAUCAAAAAUGGUGCCACAGCAGAAACAAAAGAGAGCGGCCAGAGAGACAAGUAUAUGCAAGAGAGACCACCUGCCCAGGGCCUGAAAGUCCAGACAGUGCAACCUGUUCAGAAACAGCUUGUUCCUAGAGAUGAUUUUUCCUUUGGAGAUGGAAAUCUGCUGUCCGAUGGCAGACAGGAAUGGGGAAACAGCUUUGCUAAACAAUGUGUUGAAACCUGGACAAAUCUGCCUCCAUUUCAGAAGGAAAGGGAAGAGCAUUUACGUCUUUAUCACCAGCAGUUUCAGCAACCACCUAUUCUACAGCAAAAACUGAAUUAUCAACCUCUUGAGAGGUUUUUAACGCAGUACAAGCCCCAGGAGAUUCAAGUGAAGCAGGAGCUGAGCCUUCCUCCCACAGAAGUACAGAGCAAAGAGGGGAUGCAGCUGGAAGAUCUGGAUGACAGUGAUUUCAGUGAAGAUUCCUUCUCACCUAUCUGCAGUCAAAAGAGUGUGAAAAGAAAAAACACCAACAAAUGCAGUCAACAUUCAUUUUUCCUCCAUCAAAGAGAACAAGAAACUGAGGAAGAGCAAAAAGGCCAAAAGAGGCAGGAUUUAUUUUUCAAAUAUGCAGUAUCCAUGCAAGAACAUGAACUAGAUGACAGCUGGGAUUGUAGUGAGGACAGCCCAAAGACAGAGGAAUCCAUCAAAAAUGCAGGCUGCAGCAAAACUCCAGCAGACUGGAACUAUGACUUCACUAUUGAGUCCCCUUCAAGCAAUACUGCUGAAAAACCUUACUGCCUGCAGGAUGAUCCUGCUUGUAACUGGAAAAAUAGCAAAGAUUUCCUAGCUGAUCACAAACAGUGCAAAUCCAAACACAGAUGUCUUGUUUACUCCAGUGAAGACACCCUGACUGCAGAAAAUGAGGCUUCAAACUCAUAUGUUUCUCCUGUAUUGAAACUGGGAACUCUAGAGCGCAAAGAGGUCGACCUCCAGCAUGAAGAGAAGGAAGAAUCUACUUUGGAUAGGCAGGCUGUCCUUGCAGGAGAUGUAAAAUGGAAAGCUCGAAAAAACAGCGCUAACCAUUGCGGAUCUUCCAGUUGUUCCUCAGAAUUCUCUUCGGAGCUGAUGGCCCCUCUCAUAUCCCUUCUUGACUACGAGGAAACAACUGGUACAGAGAAAGUGUCUUCUAACCAAGAGACGUCCCCGUGUGCGAAGAACACACACAGCUCCCAGAGCAGGUUUGCAGAAGAGAGCUGGCAGUGCACAAGAAGCAGGGCUCUGACGGACAGCAUGCUGGAACUGGGGGAGCAAACGCGUCGUGGUGGAAGACACUGCACCCCGCUGCAUUCCCCACAAACAGGGGACAAGUGGCUCUCACCCACCUGCUGUGAUGUGAAGCCAUGCCACUGCCUCUUGGGCUCAGCUUCACCAAAGCAAGGGGUCACUCACUGCUUACCUGUUGGACGUGACCUGACAGGAACAUCUGCAGCUGAAUCCACGGGCUCCAGGGGACACAGAGAGUGUGGUUUGUUUCCCAGUAACUCAACGUGCAACGAAUACUCGGGUGGCAGACAGUGCGGUGCAGAUGUUAAAGAUAAUACUGGUAAUUCAGGAAGAUCUAACUCAAAUCAAGGACCCAGUGUUGAGCCCAUGGCUCAGGAAAUAAAUGCUGAUAUACCUGAAAAGAGCUGUUUUUCAGGUGCAGCGUGCUUUCUCAGUGUGGGACAUACGGAUUACACAGCCCAGUCCCCCUCUCAGGAAAGCAGCCUGCUACUGCAGCCCAAGUCAGGGCUGAGGAACGAGGACUUCAGUCAUUCUGAAGACCCAGCCAAGUCAUCGUUCAGCAAUGAGGAAAGAGGGUUGCUGAAGAACAAGUUAAUGCAGAAUCUUUUUACACAAGAGACUUUUGCUGCAGAUUCAGGAUUUGCAGCCAAAGAUAAGCAGCCGUUAGCAAAUGCAAAGAGCCCCUCAGGCGUGUCCAGCAGCAGCUCUGCCAGUGCUGCAUCAGAGAUGGGAAAAUGGCAGAGGGAAGCCCUAGAAAAGGCACAACAGGCUGUAAUUCAGGCCCAUCGGCAGCAGCUGGAUGAAAUGGCAUCCUUGUGCUUCAAGGAAGAGUGCUUGAUAAAUCAGAUGUCAGCAACGGAUUUUCAGAACUUCGUGACCAAGCUGGAUGAAGUCUUGGUACUAAAGUCAAAGUGUAUCCAAACGAUGAGAGACCAGCUUCAGCUCUAUUUAGCCUCUCCUGGCACUGACACCUCCCUGCAAACACCUCCACCAGUUUAAACUGUCUUUGCUUGCAUGUGCACAAGAACAGCUACAGAAGCAGCCAGCUAGUGUUUGACCACACUUGCGCUGCAGAGUUUGAGUGGGUAGGGGAUAGCUUUUGGUUUGAUGUUUGUUGGUUAGUGUGUAUUUUAGAUAAGGAUGGAGAGAAUGCUGAGUAAAUGAGAGAUGACUACUUGGCACCACAAGCUGUUUUAUUUCCUUAAUACCAGUAAGCCAUUUUCUUAAGAAUAGCAAUUCAUCAGCCUUUAAGUAUCUCACCAAGCAGCAGGCAGCCCUGUCCACAGUAUUCGUAGCAGCUUCUCACAUGCUAAAGGCACUUCUGUGUUUUCAAGAAAAUGAGGGCAGACACAGAUCUGAACAGAAAUCCUCAAAAGCUGUCCAGAACAGUGUUUGCAAACAGAAGCCAGGAAAGAGAGAGGUGCCACUGUUCAAGUACACAAAUGUAACUAGACCAUAAGUAAAUGAAAAUCAAGGCAGGAGAAGUGCUGUCACUUUCAGAAGACAAAAGGCUAUUGUUGCAGGUGUUCUUUGCUGGGGACAAACACUCCAGAGCUCCUGAGCUCUGGUGACUGAAGUCAUGUGUAAUGAGUUUAGUAGGGACUUUGUACCAAAGGUUCAUCUAGCAUGUUAAUAAGCAUGUGGGUUCAUACUGCUGCCAACAGCACACCCACUGCAAACUGUGGCACAGCUGUAGAGUGCUUAAUGGCUGGGGUCUGGUGAGAAGCAUUGGACUUUGAGAAGCUGCUAACAGCGCUGUUAUGUGAAGCUGGUAUUUGAAUCAAGAACUAUGGAAUGAUCAGCUGGAGCCCUGCAAAAGCUCUGGUGCUGUGUGCAUCACAUCAGAACCACAGAACAAGUCCACCUGCUGAAGCCACAACUGACCUUGAAUCAUGCUCCACUGACAACAUGCUGUGCAAGCACUCCCACUCCAAAAUUAGGGCUGUCGCAGCACAUUCAGCCAUCUCAGUGUCUCCUCAGUGGUGCGGGUUGAAGCUCAAUCAAAGCUGGCACAGUAGCCAGAAAUGCCAAGGGUAAGGGAACACUGCUGUCUGACCAGCUGUGAAUUUCACUGCCUGCCUCUACAGCUACCCCGAGGAGCCCAGGUUUGGUCAAGCAGCAAAAGAGCAACCACAGUGACAGUUAUCUGGGUUGUAUAUUUGGCGCACACACUCCCAGGAAUGUCAGACAGCACAGCCCUGGGGAACAGCAGUGCAAGAGGAGGACUGUAACAGAAGACUAAAGUUCUACAUCAGUGCCCUGACUGUUGGCUGGGGCAUUUUUUAGCACUGGUUGGUCUCCAUCUUAAAACUAAGACUGGAUUACUCUGUGGAGCAGAGACCCUCUGGGGUCUGAGUUUAUGGAUCUCAAGAUGGUUCCUGUGUCCAGGCUAUGGGCGAGCAGCAGUUCAGUCACACCCAAACCCAGCUCUCCAGUGCCUGUUACAGAACAAUUCUUCACCCAGAGAAAUGCAGCUUCCAGGAGCAAGAAUGCUGGUGUCAGUGGUACUUUGGUGUUUGUGCUUGAAAGACACCAGAAAGCUAUAAAGCAGUGGGACACCGACUGUCUUGUUAAAACCAUGGGGGAAAGAGCAGGCAUUAAAACAAGCUUCCCUUUAAAAUAACCAACGCUUAGGAAGCCUCCCUCCAGCUCCUGGGGUCAGGGAGAAGUUUUCCUGUAAGUAAGGUGAGGAGAACAUGUGGCAGCUGGGAAGUCCUUGUACCCACUGAAAGAAUAAAUGGAUGUGAGCACUUGCAGUGGUUUCCCCAGCACUUUCUCAGCAAGCACACAGAAAACAGGGUACUGGGGGGCUGCUGAGGAGUUUUGCAACUUCAUUUGGAGCUGAAAAAACCUGUAGGAUGUGUGCACAGGUCACAGGGAAAGGAGAUGCCCCGCCAGUAAUGCAGCGCUAGGGAGGAAAACUUUCCUUCCACAUACUCUGACAUUUGGGAGAUGAAUAUUGGUUGUAGUUUCAGGUUUUUUUAAAGAGCAGGUCAGCAAAGUACAUUCAGCCUCUCAUCCAGGCUGGCCCUUUCUGAAGACCUAUUCGCACACCCCACAGUGCCAUGUCCCAGCUGCCGCGUUUGCAGAGGUACUUGUAACAAGACAGAUGAGUGACCAAAAAUUUCCAUGAGCAGAGGAGAUGUGAGUUAAGUCAGCUACCAAAGAUAAGCCACGUGGUUCCUAGCCAGCCUCCUGGGAGAAAGGCAAGUCCAUCCGGCAGAUCUGAGCCCCAGUGCAAGUUCCCAGAGCAGGAGCUAAUCACUCCCUUGAGGAAUGGCCAGGAACACUGAGAAACAAAACAAGAACAAAGCAGUUUUUCAACGCCUGAUGACAUUUUUUAACCUGUAGGCUUGUUAAUAAGUAGAUUCUAUUAUCACUGUUCUUUGAAUUUUAUUUUCUCUACCGAAUGUGAGAGGAUUUAACUAAAAAAUGAAAAAAAGAAAGCAGCCUCAGCUGUGAAAAUCUACCAUCCUUGGCAAUAAGAGGACUGCAGACAUUGCCUGCACACCCAGGCAAUACUGAAACUGGGCUCCCAGUAUGCAAUGGAAACUACCAAUGCUAUUCCAAAAAGGGUGAUGUUUUACUCUCCACUCUUGAGGUUAUUACCUAGAUGCUGCUUUAAUUCUUGAGUGAAAAUGUGCUAAAUGAGCAUUUCUGAAGCAUCAUCCCCUUCCUGCUCUUUGAUAUUGGUCUGACACCUGAUAUGAAUGGCUUUUGUUUCAACUUGGGGAAUGUAUCUGAAAUGGUCAUUGCAGCAGUCUGGGGGAUUAAAAGAGCCUGGCCACGUACAAUCAAAUAAACACAGAACUAAAGUGGUUUCACUUCUAUUUUCAGGUGCAACAAAGACAAUUAAUGCUCAUGGCAGAUGCUUGAUAUUUUAUUUGAAUAAUUGACAUUAUUUAAAAUAAAAUUCAAUUUGCUACAGAA